AUGAACAAUCAACCAAAUAUAAUAGUGAAUCUAUCACAUUUAAUAUUAAAUAAAAUAAUAAGUCAUUUGGAUGACAACGUUGAUAUCAUUUGUUUCAGUUUAGUUUGUAAAAGAUGGUACGAUGAGAGAGAUAAAUAUUUAAUAUUCAACAUCGAUCGUAUCGACCUAUUUGCUCUUAAUACUUUUGAUAUUAAACAAAAUAAUGAACAUUUUAAACUACCGUCAUAUCACAAUAACUUUUUGAAAUCGAUUCAAUCAAAGACAAAUUGUAAACUGGCUAUUGGUGAUUUCGUAAGUGAUAGCUAUGAUUAUCAUUGUGAUGAUGCUACAAGUUUAAAUAGUAUACCCAGUAAUGUUUCAACUAUUUAUAUUUCCUCUAGAUAUUCAUAUCAUCAUGAUAACUUGGAGUAUCUCCACAAACUAAUAUCAGAGUCACAUUCGGUAACAACGUUCGAUGGAUGUAGCACUUUGAAAUAUGGAUUAUCGAAUUCAAUGAAAACUCUUCGAUUCGAUCACACUUUCGAUGAGCCACUUGUGAAAGGAUCUCUACCCGCUUCUUUGGAAGAGUUGGAUUUCGAAGAGGAUUUCAAUCUAGAGAUUCCACCGGGUGUUCUUCCAGAUGGUUUGCGCAAACUUACUCUGAACAACUAUCAAUUCGAACUUCAACCAGGUGUACUCCCAUCAUCUCUCACCUAUUUGAAUCUUACAAGUUUUAAUGAUCCGUUCAAUGAAGAUUUACAAAGCUAUUGUUCAAAUGAAUCUACAACUGGUGAAAAUAGUUUAUUAGAGAAAUCGUGUGUGCCAAUUUCAUGGUUACAGGAAAUACAAUCACUUCGCAAUCUUAAAACACUUUACAUUUAUCUUCCUCAUCGAGUUGGAGGAGAAGUCACCAUAUUCAAUCUCAAAUACCUCCCUCCAAAUUUAGAGACACUUGAUAUCACCUUACUUAGACAAGAGUGCUUCUUGAGAGGAACAAUGCCAACAUCUCUGAAAAGAAUCUAUAUUCAGGACUGUCAUUUUAAGUUCAACGAAAUAUUCCCAGAAACAUUGAAAUAUCACCUUGAUGUGCUCGAAUAUGAAAAUAACAUUACACUUCCAAUUCCUUCAAAUAUAAAAAUCGAUACAUUGGCAAUUCGUGGAACAUUAAAAGAAUCAACUAUAUCUCUGCCAUCUGGCGUUAGAUCAAUCAGCUUCUUAACGGCUCCAUUUGAUCCAAUUACAAAUCUAUUUGACUUUGGUGAAAAGUCUGCUACCGAUCAAUCAUGUUCUCUAAGAGAUCUGCGUCUGCCAACCUUCAGAACCAAACCACCUCCCAAUACAGUUAUACUUCCAAGCUCCAUUGAAUCUCUGGAUCUUGGCUGGAAUAAUCCCAAUGAAACAUUUCAUUUGAUACCACCAACACUCAAAACUCUAGUCCUCGAAAAAACAUCGAAAAUCAACAUCACCAUUCCGGAUACCAUCAAAUCAAUCACCAAUAUCACUCUUAAAUUCGAGUUAUUUUACACACAAUCUAUUAGAAAGUUAGAUGAAAAUUAUUAUUUAAUAUUUGGUGAAUGCUCAGGAGUUUCCGGAAGAGAAGAUAGAUGUCCUAAAGAAACUGUAAACAUUUAUUUAAUUAAUUAA